AUGAACCGCAUCCAUCUAGCAGAGAUCUCACGCAAUUUUGUCGAUCAAAUUACAUCAGAUCCGUUCAAGCGCGAUGCUCAUCUCAUGGCAAUGGACAGACAACUCGUGGACAUGAUGCACGAGACGCCCGCUUUCUUCCAGCUAGACUACUAUGACAGCACCUUUUCCUCCGAAAAGCCAAACCACACCUUCGUCCAAGCCUACUUCCUCAACACGCUCAUCCACACCCAGCGCUGUAAACUGCACCUCACCUCCCUCGCCCGGUCAUCCGCAUCUAUGAACAUCUCAACGAGCCCCUCUUCCCGCACCGCUUGUCUAUACUCAGCCAGCCAACUCAUCUACCUCGAAACAAAACUUUUACAGUCACGUCACCCUUUCGCGCACCGCCCCCAGCGUCCUCCAGCUGGUCUGUACAGUAUCUUCAUUGCCACUAUUGCGUUACUCAUGGAUGCUUGCCUCAACAGAUCCGGUGAACUGCAAGCUGAGCUACAAAAAGAUAAUGAUUUGGCGAAAGGACUGCAGAUGAUAGCGGAUGCGAGAGAAGAUUCACUCGCAGCAGCGAAACUGUACGAAUCUCUCCUCCAGGUUAUAGCAAGGUAUCGAGAUGCUGGGAUUAUGGGACAAGAGAACUUAAAAGGUGUGGACAAGGAAAUUGCGCUGGAGACGUUCAACGAUUCCCCCUCGAGUGUCUUGCAAGAGCACCACCCUUCUUCGCAAAUCAACGAUGCGAUACAGCUCGAUUUAGCCGACUGGGACGAUCUUUUCUCCAGCGUAUCCUCAUCCCCGUUUUUCUGA